AUGACUAACAUUCCCUCUACCAUAGGUGAUUUUGAAAUCCGAGAAGAAAUCAGUAAGAGCCUCUUCAGUACUGUACAUAUAGGAAUUCAUUCGCAAUCUGGAAAUCGCGUUGCUAUUAAAGUUCUCAACAAAACGAAGUUCCAAUCACCGGAUGACAUCACUCGUAUACAACGAGAAUUACAUCUACACAUGAAAUUACUUCAUCCUUUGAUCUCACAAAUGUUUGGAUAUUACGAGGAUGAUUCAAAUUACUAUUUAAUCAUAGAAUACAGUGAAAAUGGUACUUUACUUCAGCACAUCAACAAAAACGGUCCAAUAAUCGAACAACUCGCUCGCAGAUACUUUAUUCAAUUAUUAAUUGCUGUCGAAUACUUACAUAACGUUAAGAAAAUAGCUCAUAGAGAUAUCAAGCUUGAGAAUAUUCUUUUUGAUAGCUUUUACAACAUUCGGCUCACAGAUUUUGGAAUCUCCAAAGAUUUUGAGAACCAACCAGAGUUCCAUACCAUUUGUGGCUCUCCAUCAUACUUAGCUCCCGAAAUUAUCCAAGGUCAUCCAUACUCAACGAAGUCUGACAUCUGGUCAUUGGGCGUAGUCCUUUAUGCCAUGGUCAAUGGCAAGCUUCCUUUUGAUGCCAGCAACCAGAAGGAGCUCUUCCAUAAGAUUCUCAAAGAAAAUGUUACAUUUAAUGCUAAUGUUUCCCCACAAUUGAAAGAUUUACUUACAAAGAUGCUUAACAAGAACCAGAAUGCCAGGAUAUCCCUAGAACAGAUCAAGGAGCAUCAAUGGUUCUCAAUAACUGACUACAAUAUCGUUAAAGAUUUCUUGGAAUGCCUUGAAUCAGAAUCCAUUGACCAAAUAGUCCGCAAUCAGUUAGAGAACAUCAGCAUUGAUACAAAGGGACUCCUCGUUAAGCUCCACAAUGAAAAUUCCGAUUCUGCCACGAUUGCUUACAAAUUACUUUCCAGAACACUUGAGAACAAAGAUAUGAGGGCAAUUUUCAGAAGCAAGAUCCAGAAGAGACAGAGGUCUUCGGCUGAGUACGAUUCGCCAAUUUCCUUGCCAAAGAAACUUUGCGCAGCGAACAAGCCGAAAUCACAAGUGUUCGAUAAGAAGAUUGAUCUCCUAGCACUUGUUGAGAAAUUGCCUCCAAAUGUCCAAUUUUAA